AUGCGCCGUCGAGCGUUGGACUUUGUCUGCGCGUCAUGUCGCCAUUGCUCGCAGUCUCAAGCGCGUAUCGGCAUCAGCAGGACGAGUAGACGAUAUGUCCAGAUCAGCGCAACACCCACCUCGACCGAGCCUUCACAGAACCUGGCAACGAAAGAUGCGAGCCCAAGUGUUGAUGCACGCUUCGAAGUCCUAGGCAGUCCCUUCUCCCUCCUCUCCGCCUCCAUAUCCGCCUCGCAGAACCUCUACUCGCGCAAAGGAACGCUUGUGGGCUUCAAUGGCAACCCCGAGAACGCUGUCUCUACACUCUCCCUCCUCGAGCCCUUCAGACGAGCGUUCUUUGGCAUACCCUUCGUCUACCAGCGAAUAAGCUCCACUACGCCCUACACAGCUCUCAUAUCUACAAAGUCAAAAUGCACGUCUAUGGUCGUUGUCCAUCUCGACGGGCGGCUAGACUGGAUGAUAGCUCAGCGCAAUGCUUUGCUGGCGUGGACAGGGCAUACCCUUAGCCUGGCUCCUCGCCUGAACACGAAAAUGAGCCUCGCCCAUUGGGGUAACACGCUCGUCUCCGGCCGUGGCCUGUUGGCUCUGUCCGGUCGCGGUCUCAUUCACCAAAUCCACCUCAAGACUGGCGAUGAGUACGUGGUGCAUCCCGGCAAUGUCAUUGCGUACAGCAUGAUGCAGAAUGCGCCGCAGCCGUACCGCUUCAAGGCUAGCAGCUUCAGAUUGCAAAUCCCAAGCUUGACAGGCUGGCUGCCAGAUACGAGGUUCUGGCGGACGAUGAGGGAGAGCGCGAUCUGGACGUUCACUCGCAAUGCUGCGUUUGUUUCUCGAGGAGCUGGUUUGAGUGACGUGCUUACCAGCAGGGACGUAAACGAGAUCGCCGACAGUCCCGCUGGCUCCCUUCCAAAAUCAUCGACAGUUCAGUCGCCGGCCGAAGCUGGCAUUUCCACGCAAUCAGCAUCAACCGCCCAGCCAGCAAGCAUGAGCUAUGCCAGCGUCAACAGAGAAGGCACUGUGAAUUUCGACAAGGAGAAGCAGUAG